AUGGAUAGCGAGCACACAACUGACAGUUGCGCACAGGGAAUCAGACAGCUAGCAGAUUCAGACGUGGAAGAGAACCAGGAAGAAAUUGGAUCAAUGGAAAUAGUGUCUGGCAAGGGAUUUGCAAAUGCAGACCUCUCUGUGUGGGCAGAGGGGUACAAGACAGUUGGAUUUCAAGGAAGCCACCUGCACCAGGCGAUAGAAGAGCUGAAGAUAAUGAGAAAAAACAAGAGCAAGAUAUUUCUGGGAUACACAAGCAAUCUUAUCUCUUCGGGAGUCAGAGACAUCAUAGCAUACCUCGUCAAGAAUAGGUAUGUAGAUGUAGUGGUGACCACUGCUGGCGGAAUCGAGGAGGACAUAAUAAAGACAAUGAAGCCCUCCAGACUGGGCGUAUUCUCAAUGGAUGGUGCUACUUUGCGGUCGCACGGCCUCAACAGAGUCGGAAAUGUGCUGAUUCCAAACGAAAACUACUUUGUGUUUGAAGAGUGGAUGAAAGAGUUUCUCAACGAAAUAGUAGAUGACAAACUAGAGGACACAAAUAACGAUGAGAUACAGGGCAUAGGAAGUGGGUACAGAAGAGUAGGGAAUAUAUCUAUUAUCACGCCAUCGCGUUUUAUUUAUGAGCUGGGAAGGAAAGUGAACUCGGAAGACUCAGUUUACUAUUGGGCGCAUAAAAAUAAUAUUCCCGUUUAUUGUCCUGCAAUUACAGACGGGUCAAUUGGUGAUAUUAUCACGUACUUUAGUCGCAGAAGAGAGCUAGUCAUUGACACGGUAGAAGAUAUAGCACGAAUUAAUGGCGAGGGCCUGUUUUGUGAGAGCACUGGCGCGCUGAUACUCGGUGCAGGCGUCAUUAAGCACCACAUUCUUAACGCAAACCUCUUUAGAAAUGGUCUGGAUCAUUGUGUGCUUGUUAAUACCGCACAGGAGUAUGAUGGAAGCGAUGCAGGAGCACAGGUGGACGAGGCUGUUUCCUGGGGAAAGAUAAAGAAGCACACGCGAUCUGUUAAAGUGCAUGCAGAUGCUACAAUAGUUCUUCCGAUCAUUGUAGGCGCAGUGUGGCCCUCUCCUAAUAAUCAACAAAUAGACAAGAAAUAA